AUGGUCACUUGCCCUGUUCCUAAACCUAAACCUAAACCAAAACCAAAGCCAAAGCCAAAGCCAACCCCAAAGCCGUGCCCCCCUCCUCCUUUGAAAGAAGGCAAAUGCCCAACUGAUGCAUUAAAAUUAGGUGUUUGUGCUAAUGUGCUUAAUGGUUUGUUGAAUGUAACACUUGGAACUCCACCAGUAAAACCAUGCUGCAGUCUUAUAGAAAAUCUUGUCGACUUGGAGGCUGCUGUUUGCCUUUGCACUGCACUUAAGGCUAACAUUUUGGGAAUCAACCUUAAUCUCCCUAUUUCCCUUAACUUACUUCUUAAUGUUUGCAGCAAGAAGGCUCCACAGGGCUUUACUUGUCCCUAAAUGAUUCUAUAAUUUUUUUUUUUUGUCUCUGAAUCUGGUUUUUUAUAUUCAUUUGUUUAGCAGUUUCUGAUGUUCAAUUUAGCUGCUUGCACUAAACUUCUUGUUAGGUGCAAAGUUGUAAUGUGUUUAGGAUUGUCAUUAUUGGAAAGGGCUCUUGUAUGGA